UUCGCUUACAAAGCGCACCGCUAUAUUCUUUUGUGGCUGGGGCAGAUUAUUUGUAGUUUUGUAAAAUGGCAGACGUGGAAAAGGAGCCUGAGAAGACCAUUGCCGAAGAUUUGGUAGUUACCAAAUACAAAUUGGCUGGCGAAAUUGUAAAUAAAACGUUGAAGACGGUGAUUGGACUCUGCGUAUCUGGUGCAUCUGUAAGGGACAUUUGCACAAAAGGUGACAAUCUGCUGACUGAAGAAACCGGCAAAGUAUAUAAAAAGGAGAAGGAGUUGAAAAAGGGUAUCGCAUUCCCCACGUGUCUGUCAGUUAACAAUUGUGUCUGCCAUUUUUCGCCAGCAAAGAACGAUGUCGACUACACUCUAAAGGAAGGCGAUGUGGUAAAAAUUGAUUUGGGCGCUCACAUUGACGGAUUUAUUGCGGUUGCGGCACAUACAGUUGUUGUGGGUGUUAAUGCGGACCAGAAAAUAACCGGACGGCAGGCUGAUGUCAUAUUGGCAGCGUACUGGGCUGUACAGGCUGCGUUACGUUUGCUGAAGUCAGGCGCCAGUAACUACUCUAUCACCGAAGCUGUUCAACAAAUCAGCGAAUCGUACAAGUGCAAGCCUAUCGAGGGCAUGCUCAGUCACGAAUUAAAGCAAUUUACUAUCGACGGUGAGAAAACGAUCAUACAGAAUCCGAGUGAGGCGCAGCGUAAGGAGCAUGAAAAGUGCACAUUUGAGACGCAUGAGGUCUAUGCCAUUGAUGUCAUUGUUAGCAGUGGCGAGGGUGUUGGACGGGAAAAGGACACAAAGGUUUCCAUUUACAAGAAAUCUGAAGAAAAUUACAUGCUUAAGCUGAAGGCAUCCCGUGCACUCUUGGCUGAGGUAAAAACAAAGUAUGGAAACAUGCCCUUCAAUAUACGCAGCUUUGAGGAGGAGACCAAAGCACGCAUGGGCGUGGUUGAAUGUGUCUCACAUAAGAUGAUUGAACCUUUCCAAGUGCUAUACGAGAAGCCAACUGAAAUUGUUGCACAGUUCAAGCAUACGGUAUUACUUAUGCCUAAUGGUGUCAACUUGGUUACCGGAAUACCUUUCAAUGUGGACAACUACGUCAGCGAACAUAGCAUUGCGCAGGAAGGACUGAAGGAUUUGGUUGCGCAACCUCUUGGUCCCGUGAAGGGCAAGGGCAAGGGUAAGAAGGCCGCUACCAGUAGCGCGGGAGCAGAUGGAGAUGCGGCGACAAAAGUUCAAUCAACACAGGCCGUUGAAACCAAGGCAUAGAUUGCAAAAUAUUGUGGCCGUCGAUGCUAAUAACUAACAGAUCAAUAGUCCCCACAACAAGAUGAAUAAGUAAGCUGCCUACUGCUGUUUAAUUUUUGCAAUUCGUUGAGUAUAAGACCCUACACCACAACAAAACAACACUUAAAAAAAAAAACAGCAGCAUUUUUCUUGGUUCUAAGAACUUUAAUGAAAAUUUAAAAAAAAAAAAAAACCACGUAAAAAACAUAUUUAAGGCAGUGUUUUAAAAAAUAAAAAACCCAGCCCGGAUUAAAGUAAUCCUAUUUUUAUUUACCACUCUUUUACCUGUACUGAUUUUUUCAUUUUAUAAUACCGUAUAAAAUGUAUCCCUAAUUUUGUUUGCGAUUGCAACGAGAAGAAAAUUCAAAUUAACAACUUUU